CCAGCAGUCCCGGCGGUGAUGGCGGCGGCGGCGGUGGUGACGGGGGCAGGGGCGGCUCCGGCGGCGGCGGCGGCGGCGGCGGCGGCGGCGGCGGCCGGAGCGGAUGGCGCCUCCUCGGUGCACUGGUUCCGCAAGGGGCUGCGGCUCCACGACAACCCGGCGCUACUGGCGGCCGUGCGCGGGGCGCGCUGCGUGCGCUGCGUUUACAUCCUCGACCCUUGGUUCGCGGCCUCCUCCUCGGUCGGGAUCAACCGAUGGAGGUUCCUACUUCAGUCCCUGGAAGAUUUGGACACGAGCCUAAGGAAACUAAACUCCCGCCUGUUUGUCGUCCGGGGACAGCCAGCUGACGUGUUCCCGAGGCUGUUCAAGGAGUGGGGGGUGACCCGCUUGACCUUUGAGUAUGACUCCGAACCCUUUGGGAAAGAACGGGACGCAGCCAUCAUGAAGAUGGCCAAGGAGGCUGGUGUGGAGGUGGUGACCGAGAACUCGCAUACUCUCUAUGACUUGGACAGGAUCAUUGAGCUGAACGGGCAGAAGCCGCCCCUUACCUACAAGCGCUUCCAGGCCCUCAUCAGCCGCAUGGAGCUGCCCAAGAAGCCUGUGGGCUCUGUGACCAGCCAGCAGAUGGAGAGCUGCAGGGCCGAGAUCCAGGAGAACCACGAUGAAACCUACGGCGUGCCCUCCCUAGAGGAGCUGGGGUUCCCCACGGAAGGCCUUGGCCCGGCUGUUUGGCAAGGAGGAGAGACAGAAGCUCUGGCCCGCCUGGAUAAGCACUUGGAACGGAAAGCCUGGGUUGCCAACUACGAGAGACCCCGAAUGAACGCCAACUCCCUGCUGGCCAGCCCCACGGGCCUCAGCCCCUACCUGCGCUUCGGGUGCCUCUCCUGCCGCCUCUUCUACUACCGCCUGUGGGACCUGUACAAAAAGGUGAAGCGGAACAGCACGCCCCCCCUCUCCCUGUUUGGGCAACUCCUGUGGCGAGAGUUCUUCUACACAGCAGCCACCAACAACCCCAGGUUUGACCGCAUGGAGGGCAACCCCAUCUGCAUCCAGAUCCCCUGGGACCGCAACCCCGAGGCCCUGGCCAAGUGGGCCGAGGGCAAGACAGGCUUCCCUUGGAUUGACGCCAUCAUGACCCAGCUGAGGCAGGAGGGCUGGAUCCACCACCUGGCCCGACAUGCCGUGGCCUGCUUCCUCACCCGCGGGGACCUCUGGGUCAGCUGGGAGAGCGGGGUCCGGGUGUUCGACGAGCUGCUCCUGGACGCGGAUUUCAGCGUGAACGCAGGCAGCUGGAUGUGGCUGUCCUGCAGCGCCUUUUUCCAGCAGUUCUUCCACUGCUACUGCCCCGUGGGCUUCGGCCGCCGCACGGACCCCAGCGGAGACUACGUCAGGCGAUACCUACCCAAAUUGAAAGGGUUUCCCUCUCGAUACAUCUAUGAGCCCUGGAAUGCGCCAGAGUCCGUCCAGAAGGCAGCCAAGUGCAUCAUUGGUGUGGACUACCCACGGCCCAUCGUCAACCAUGCUGAGACCAGCCGGCUCAACAUUGAGCGGAUGAAGCAGAUUUACCAGCAGUUCUCCCGCUACCGGGGACUCUGUCUGCUGGCCUCUGUCCCUUCCUGUGUGGAAGACCUCAGCAACCCAGUGGCAGAGCCCAGCUCCAGCCAGGCGGGGAGCAUGAGCAGCGCGGGCCCAAGACCCCCACCCAGUGGCCCAGCUUCCCCCAAACGCAAGCUGGAAGCAGCGGAGGAGCCACCUGGCGAGGAGCUCGGCAAACGGGCCAGGGUGGCAGAGCCGCCUGCCCCGGAGCUGCCGGGCAGGGACGUCUGAGGUGA